AUGUUGUCGAACACGGGAGGUUACUCACGGCAUUCCCAUGUUCUUGGGUUUCGUAAGGAUGCCGCGACAUUGCAGUGUGCUCUGUGCCCCGCUCUGCGUGCAAAGGGUCGGUGUAAAGCUUACCAGUUGGAAACGAGGCUUCGAGCGGAAUUAGCGGCUCAGAAAGAACGGGAAUUGCGUACGACGGCCAUGCAGUUGUACUCAUUGCAAGAGGAGAUACUUCAAAGGGGGAGGGAGCAAGGCGUGGACACUUCUGAGGGUGAUAAACAAGCGGUUGUGGAAAAAAUUGUGGGGGAGUUAAAGAAGGAACAAUCAUACGUGAGGUGGAAUCUCGAUGUUGAGGUCGUUGAGCGCAUGACGUUGUUGCGCACCAGGCCCUGUAGGUACUCCCAUCAGCGGGAUCUCCUCACUGUCCUGAAGCCACGGAAAGGUACGGCAAAGCUUGGAAGCAAACAUAUGGAGAAGGCCCAAGGGGAACUUGGCGCAGCGGCCUCCGGUGGGGCGGAGAAUCGGCUUUCGGAGGAACAUAGACGAAUCUUUGAAGGACUUUCACCAUUACAGAAGUGUGUCGUUUGCUUACUAUGGCAGCGUACCUUUGAGAUACCUCAGAAGGUAGUUUGUGAUGUGCGGCGCCAGGUGGAGGUCGAAAGGGGGUACGACUCUGAUGACCAAGAAGAUGCUGCUGUUGUGGAUGCUGCGAUUGAGGAAGAGGAGCGGCGUGUUGUGACCGUCACAACGUGUCGUUUAUCAAUCGGUUCCGUUGACCUGUCAUCACUCCCAUCGGUUGCCGCAUACAUAGCUCGGCAUCCCAACGAGCCUAUCAUCCGUACUGAGACUUGGGAGCAUUUUACGGUGUGGGAUGCGAAGAGCAAAUCCAGGCGGUCUGCCUUACUACCAUCCAGUUUGACAGAAAAACAGGUGGAUCUCAGCACAGCCGCUUGUGCGCACGAGGUGAUGGGGGCUGUUGUGUGGGCGCUACGCACUAUGGAUGAAGAGAGGAGGCUUCAAAGCGAUCCCAAUGAACGAAGGCAGGAACGUUCGAGACAACAGCGCCACACUCAGGGGAAAUCGGCAGCUGUAGUUCUUCGAACUUUAACGUUACGUCGAUGCUCCAUUACAGCAGCAGAUGCUCUCGUUGCUGCUCUUCGCAAGUACAAGUUGGAUACCACGCUUCUCGCACUCGACGUGAGCGACAAUAGGCUGAUGUGUCUCCGUUUCCUCUUUGCGCUGCGUGCACACUUUGCAGAACGGUUGCUUCGACUUUCGCUAGCGAAUAACCCAAUCACCCGCAAACCAGAUUACCGAGAACAAGUUCGCAAGUCACUGCCUAAACUUACGAGCCUUGACGGUGUCGCAAUACGGCGCCCGCCGCUGCGGUUUCCACAUCCGUCGCUACUCUCGUAUACUUUAGCAGGCGGAGCUGCCACUGCUUCCGCAACCUCCACCACUGUGCGACCAAAAGAGCACAGUACGAUGAGUGACACUGAAUUAGAGCAAGUGAUGGAUGCAGUCUCACGGUUCUUCUACAUAUGGGAAACACGCCGUGUUCCGUGGACAGCCGCGGAACUGCGACACAUCAGAGAUCAGGGAGGGACCCGAUGCCGUGGGAGAAACAAGGUGUCAAAGAGGCGCCGUGGAGAAGGCACUGGGCUAGCUAUUACUUCUUUGGAAGACGGUGAGGAGGAGCCGUGUGUUCCGCCCGAAGAAGACCUCGACGAUGACAAUUUUCACCACCGUUAUUUGCACCCUUAUGCUACGUUCUCGUUGAGCGUUCACGAAGGUCUUUCAUUUUUCGCAUCAGAUAUCAUGCGAGUAGAUGCAGAGGUGGAGAUGGAUAAAAACUACACUGGGAUGCGCCUCUCAUCACUCGACGCUUCUGAGCUUCGGGUAUUCGACGUGUCAAUGAAGAACAGUAGUCGCAAUUUACUUUUAGGGCGUUCCGUGUUGCAUCGUCACGCUCGGGGAUCGCUUAGCUGUUACACGGCGUAUAAGUGUACUUUGUAUCCGCCCUCGUUGUCUGUGUGCCAUCACUUCCCCGCUGCUGUUGUCUCAGCGUCGAAAAUUAUCUGUGCGGCUGUGAAUGCAGAGCCACGUAAGCAACAGCGUCAAGAAAAGCAGAAUUCUCAUCGGAAGCAAUCAAAGGGAGACACUGGUAAUGCACACGAAAGCAAAACAGGCGCUACCGUGUUUUUUCCCAACCGCACCCGUAAGCCGACGUUUUAUACCGUAACGAUACACGGUUUGAUGACCUGGCGAGCUCCCAGCAUGAAGCGGUGUGAAUGUGUUCGUGCUGCGUAUGACCGUGUUAUGACACUCGUGGAGAACACAGUGUAUGGGGAGGACACCGUUGAGGGUCGGCGGAGCGCGCCACUGUUGAUUUUCAACGACCAACUGCAUCUUCGCCCAGCAGGGAGAUGUGAUGACGCGACUACGGUUUGUCAUGUGACGCCAACGCUUGAGUAUGUGACACGGCUUGUGGUGGAGUUCGGGUUAGAAGCGUGUGUGGAUGGGGCGAGGCUUGUGCGGGCGGUGGCGGAGCGGUCGACAAGCGACGCCUCGACACACGCCGCGUUGACAGUGUUAGUAUUUGGAUCUGUGGAGUCAUGUGAGAGCAAAGGGGAAGAGGUGGGAUCACCAAAUGUGAGUGCUUCUGGUACUGUUCAUAGUACUGCUGUUGAUCACGAUGAUCCCACUAAUGGCGUCGAGCAAACUCUUCCCCACUUUGAUAUCUAUUCAGUGCUUACCUCAGAGAAUUGGACAGUAGCGGACAAUGGUUGUGCAGUUGUUGAAUGCCCACCACAUAGGGUGACGCUUGCGGAUGUGGAUGCGGCGGUGGCAGCAAGUAACAGCCGCUACACGUUUUCGUUCAGCGUGGAAAAGGGAGAGUUGGGCGGAACGUGA